AUGGCUUUCUUUUCUCUGUGGGCCUGUGUGCUAGUUGGUUGUUUCUCUGCUUCUUUAGCAGAAGCAUUGAAUCUCUCAGCUGUGUAUCCCCCUCUGUGGGAUGAGAGUCCUGGUCAGCUCAGUGACUACAGAGUAGAGAAUAGAAAAUACAUUAUUGAUCCCUGGAUAUACCUUGAGAGAAUGGGGAUGUACAGAAUCCUAUUGAACAAGACAGCCAAAUAUUUUGAAACAUAUGGACCAGAAAAUGAGCAAAAUACUUUAUGGGGGUUGCCCCUGCAACAUGGCUGGCAAUAUGGCUCAGGCAGAUUAGCUGAUCCCACAGGAAGGACAGACUGUGGUUAUGAAUCAAAUCCUUUCUGUAUCUCUGAAGAAAGCUGGUGGGCUGAUUUGAAUUACUUUCUAUGUGUGUUACCAUUCCUUUCUGCUGUUGACUCUGGCAUAAUGGGGAUACAACCAGACCAAGUGAUACUUUUGCCGCCACCUACAAGUCAGACAAAGUUUUGUCUUACGGUUUCUAGUUGUUGGUCAUCCUAUCCUGAGUUAAUGAAAAAGUGGAAUACCUUUUAUCAGCAUUUAAAGUCAGAUUGUAGGAACUUUGAUGGCCUGUUGGUGGACUUGUGGGCUGCACAUACCUCAACACUUUUUGCAACCUCCAAAUAUUUUGAAGAUAGGUUUGAUAAUUACGCUGUUCCAGAGACAAAUUUUGGAAAAGCUUGGAUUGUGGUGGUGGAAUAUUUAGCUAUUUAUAAAUUUCCUACGGUUCUUCAUAAAGUAUAUGCAUUCCAGAAGGGCCUGCCACCAAGAUUGCUUGCUACUGAUGACAAAGCUCCCUUCAUCAGUGACUUUACUGACUUACAGAACAUGCUUCUGUCUUUUGUAAAUAUUCUUUACUGUGUUAACAGCAAAGCAGGGUUGAUUCAGACUCUGGACAGUCUGAAGUGA